AUGCAUUUCCGUAUGAAGACCAUCGCGCGCAAGAUGUGCUCAGCCCUGCGGCAGGCCGCUACUACUCCUGCCACAGCAACACCUGUCGCGUCGACUACCUCAACCGCUGCAUUGACCAUCGCAUCAACCACCACAUCGACUGUGUCAUGCACAACCAAUGUGCUUCGCCGGGCCUGCCGCGCCGCGUUUAAGUUCAAGUCCAAGGCCGACAACGACAACAACAACAACAAAUCCUCUCGCACAAUCUACGAGCUCCAGCGCGCCCUUGCGGAAGAGCGCGCCGCCCGCUAUGUGGCUGAGGCCACCCUGGAUGAGGCUGAGGGCGCACUUUCCGAGCUGAGAAUGGAAUAUGUGAGUCAAUACGCGGCCUGCUUUGUGGCCGAAAGCAACCAUGCAGAGACGGAUGCUGCAAGGCUCAAGGAGCUGGAGGCUUUCCGCGCCCAGGAGGAGGCCGGCCGAGUUGCAACUGAGUCCGCUUGCGCCAGCAUGGGCGUCGCGGUGGCAAAUCUGGAGGCUGCUCUGAGCGCCGCCGAUGCCGCGCAUACCGAGUCAAUGACCGCUUUUGCUGAGGCACUUGAGCUCCACAUAAAGCUCGCAGAUACGAGCCGCACUGCCAGCCAGCUUGCAGCCAAGAGCGGAAUUGACCAGCAGCACCAGCUGGCCGACGUCAACGGGCAGUUGGACGCUACCAAGCAGACAAACGAGCUGCUUCAAGAUCAGGUGCAGGAGCUGCAGCGCGGCGCCAAGAAGCACUUUCUGGAUCUCGAUGAAAUCCACAGCGAGCUUCUGUGCCUGAGGAAGGCAGUGGCCAACUACCGCGUGGCCACGGCUGGUGGCCACCAGAUGUGCAUCUACUGCACUGCUACACUCGGUGCUGCCACUGCGAGCGAGCUGGUCAGGCGCUGA